AAAUCAAACGCACCAUAACAAUUACAAGAGUUACUACGGUCAUUAUGUUCAUUAAAUGUGUUAAAGGAGGAUUAUAUAAUAACUAUGGUUGCUCUCCUCUAUUCUAUUCCGUGUAGCUUGUGACUUGUGUGCCAAAUUAAUAGAACCUCCUCUAUUCUAUUCUGUCUAAUUUUCUAACAAUAACACCUUGACCUAGAGCUUGUGGUAUGAUGGUAUCAAUAUCAAGAAGGGUUGGAGCCGUACCCUUAAAUUUGAUGAAGCGUGUGAUUCACUGUUUAAUUUUGGAGUGCCUUCGAUAGCUCUCAAAUGUGCCUGUGGCUUGUAGUUGUGGGCGUGGCAUUAGCAUUUGCAUGUACCCAUUAUUGAAGCAAGCGCAAGGUCCUUACCCUUCUCUUUCAUGUUGCUCUCUCCUCCUAAACCACUGUUUAUCUCAAAAAUCCCUUAACUUUGUCAAAAUCGUGCAUGCCCACUUCCUCAAAUUGGGACUUAACACCUACACAUAUUUGGGUAAUCGCUGCCUCGACCUUUACUCUGAGUUCGGCCACAUUAACGAUGCACUGAAGGUGUUUGAUGAUAUUUCCCACAAGAACUCCACUUCCUGGAACAUUUGCCUAAAAGGGUUGCUCAAAAGUGGCCAGCCUGGCAAGGCCUGCCACAUGUUUGAUGCGAUGCCUGUUAGAGAUGUCGUUUCUUGGAAUUCCAUGAUUUCGGGUUAUGCUUCCUGUGGGUAUUUAAGUCAUGCCUUGGAGCUUUUUGUUGAAAUGCAAGGCACCGGUGUGAGACCAAGUGGGUUUACUUUCUCCAUUUUGAUGUCACUCGUGUCAAGUUCCCCUCAUGCUAAGCAGAUUCACUGUAGGAUGAUCAGAAGUGGCGUGGAUUUGGAUAAUGUAGUGCUUGGGAAUUCGUUAAUAAAUAUUUAUGGGAAGCUUGGUCUUGUUGAAUAUGCUUUUGGUGUGAUUAUGAUUAUGAAGCAGUUUGAUGUUAUAUCUUGGAACUCUUUGAUCUGGGCCUGUCAUAGUGCUGGACACCAUGAGUUGGCAUUAGAGCAGUUCUAUCGGAUGAGAGGUGCUGAGUUGUUACCUGAUCAGUUUACGUGUUCAGUGUUGAUGAGUGUCUGUUCUAACUUGCGAGACUUGGACAAGGGUAAGCAGGUUUUUGCCUUUUGUUUCAAGAUGGGAUUUAUUUAUAAUAGCAUUGUAUCCAGUGCUGCUAUUGACCUCUUUUCCAAAUGCAACAGAUUGGAGGAUUCUGUCCGGCUAUUUAAGAAACAAGAUCAAUGGGAUUCACCUCUAUGCAAUUCCAUGAUUUCAAGUUUUGCUAGACACGAUUUAGGGGAAAAUGCUUUGCAACUUUUUGUGCUGACCUUGAGGAAGAAUAUCAGGCCAACAGAAUACAUGGUUAGCUCUCUCCUGAGUUCUGUUUCGAUUUUCUUACCAGUUGAAGUGGGUAAUCAAAUCCAUUCUUUGGUUCCUAAAUUGGGUUUUGAGUCAGAUGCAGUUGUUGCCAAUUCACUUGUCGAUAUGUAUGCUAAAUUUGGGUUUAUUGGUGAUGCCUUGAAUAUCUUCAAUGAAAUGAAAAUAAAAGAUUUGGUAUCAUGGAACACUAUAAUGAUGGGACUGACUUACUAUGGCAGAGUGUCUUUGACCAUGGACCUCUUCAGGGAAUUAUUGACUAGAGAAGGCAUACUACCAGAUCGAAUAACACUUACUGCAGUUCUACUAGCAUGCAACUAUGGGUUAUUGGUUGAUGAAGGAAUCAAAAUAUUUUCCUCAAUGGAGAUGGAAUUCGGAGUAAAACCCGGAGAAGAACAUUAUGCAUGUGUUGUGGAGAUGUUGAGUAAAGCUGGUAAGCUCAAAGAAGCCAUUGAUAUCAUAGAAACAAUGCCGUGUAGAACUACCUCUGACAUUUGGAGGUCAAUUCUUUCUGCAUGUGCAAUUUAUGGAGACUUGCAAAUUAUAGAAGGAGUUGCAAAGAAAAUAAUGGAUAGGGAAUCACAGACAUCCUUACCUUACUUGGUGUUGGCUCAAGCAUAUCAAAUGAGGGGUAGAUGGGAUUCCAUGGUUCGAAUGAGGAAGGCUGUGGAAAAUAGAGGUACUAAAGAGUUCAUUGGACACAGUUGGAUUGGAAUAAGAAAUAAUGUGUACACUUUUGCGUCAAAUCAAUUACAGCAUUAUGGUGGCAAGGAUCUAUAUCUGGUGUUGAAUUUACUUGUCUGGGAGAUGGAGACUGAAGGUUAUGUCUAAAAAUUUACUUGUAUAGACCAAAAAAAAAGGAAAGAAAGUUGUAGCAGUUGGCAAGGAAUAUGAAUGCUGAAUUGAAGUGAGUUAUAAACUAGACUGAUAGUGCUAGGGGAGGGGGGAAGGAGGCAGAAAAAAUAUAUAAUUUAGCGGUUGCAAUCUACAAAUUAUAUCAAUUCUUUAUAUUAGUUCUCAAGAAAUUAUUUGAUUGUAUCUACUAUCUACCCUGAAAGAAAUUAUUAAUGACACGAUACAUUUUUCUUCA